UCUUUCCAUCUCUUUUCCUUAUUGGGUUCCACAAAGGACACUAGUUUCUCACUUUCUGUACUCUGGCCAGCUUUCAUUUCUGCCACAAACAACAAAAACAAACAAUGUGCCCACAUUCAGGCACACACAGUCCUCCUCCACUCUCUUUUUGAAUUUUGAAAAUGGCCGCUUUGUGUUUUGGUGGCUGCAUUUGCUUCACUCUCUGAUGACCCUCAUUCUUCAAACAGGUCCAAAUUAAUUAUUUAUUGAUCCUGGUUUCACUUUCAGCAUGAAAUCAGGACCAAAGGAUGGCUGGCACUCUAUCAUGCCUCUAUGUUUGAGAGGGAAAUCAGCUUCACGUUUUUGCAUGUUUCCAAAUUUGAAGGCAGCAGACUGCAGUCCAGGAAACGUACCUGUCUAUCUAAAUGUUUAUGACUUGACACCUGCAAAUGGCUAUGUUUAUUGGGCAGGUGUUGGUAUCUUUCACUCUGGGGUGGAAGUCUAUGGUGUAGAAUAUGCCUUUGGAGCCCAUGAGUACUCAUCAAGUGGUGUCUUUGAGGUUGAACCUCGACAAUGCCCUGGCUUCAAGUUUAGAAGGUCAAUUUUCAUUGGCACAACAUGCUUGGAUCCUUUCCAGGUUAGAGAGUUCAUGGAGCGUCAAUCUGCAAACUACAAUGGUGACACAUACCACUUGAUUGUUAAGAACUGCAACCAUUUCUGUCAAGAUAUAUGCUAUAAGCUGACUGGAAAAUCGACACCAAAAUGGGUCAAUCGCCUCGCAAAAAUAGGUUCAUUUUGCAACUGUAUACUCCCAGAUGCCCUUAAGUCGACCACUGUUCCACAUGACCCCAAUUUCCCAGGAUAUGAAAGUGAAAAAAAGAGACUAAGAAGUGCCUUCACUUGCUUGUCAUCAAUCUCAAUGCCUCAGAGGGAAGUAUCGAUGUCGUCAUUAUUUCUACAUUCGCAUUAUAAAGGCUGCCUACCACCAUGGGAGUUUAAAAGGUCUAGAAGUGGCUCAUUGAAAAAAGGGUGAGAAAAACUUUUUUUGGUCUGAAGGGUGAGAAAAACUUAUACAUCCUUCAUUAGUCUCUUCAGUUUAAAGAAUACAGACCAGCUGCUGGGAUUCUUGCUGAAUCGCUUUCAUCAUUCAUGAGUCCCUCGGAGGGAAAAUAUGUUGUUUUGAGAUUGCUGCAUGCCUGUGUAAAGCCACCAAGUUAGUGGUCUGUCGUGGUAGCCAGUUUGCGGAGUGUGCUUGUUGUAUUUGUACGAUAGUAAUUUAAAUCUGAUGUUAGAGUUACUGAUGUGCAGUAAUGUAAUUAUAAGAGAACACCCCAAGAUUAUUUGUGUGGUUCGUCUCAACAUGUAUCAAUGGGGGAAAUCAGAGAGCUUCAACUAGCAUGUGUUCGACUGCUGUUUUUCUUCCCUGAUGGAAGAGGUCUUAAAUUCCUUCUCCUUGACAAAACGAGUUAAAUAAAUAAAGGAAA